CAGAUUUGACCCAUCUUUUAGUCUGUUUUUAGAAAGGACCGGUUGGAAGUUGGAACGUACUGCGGCUCCCGGCCAAUCAGAACUGAGCUCAGUGGAUGGGAUGGAGGGCGUAGGAAGCUCUCUGCCCUCAAUGCCUGAGCCGGCCAGCCCGCUCAGCAUGAAGCCUCAGUCCGACCCCGCCCGCAAGGGCCGCACCGACCCCAGCACCGACCCCACUCUCCUGCUGGACCCGGCCGCCCCGGUCCAGGACGGCGCUCUACAGAAGAUGGCGGCCCACAAUAACAACAACCACCACGAGCGGCUGAAGGACCUGACCUCCCGCGUGCUGAACGGCGACCAAGACAAGCUGCCCAAGCUGUGUUCCCCCCCGGACAUCCCCGUCCUGAAGGGUGCCGACGCCCCGCCCACCAUCGCCUCCCUACAGCGCAAAGCACCGCCCCCCACAGUGGACCCGGGCCCGAAGGGGCAGCUCACCCAUCUGGCCGGCGAGUUUAUCUUCUCCGGGAGCGAUGAGGUGAAGAAGAGGAAGGGGAGGGCACCCAAAACCAAGCCUCCUGUAAAGUCCCUCCCCCAAACCAGUCCCACAAGGCCCACAACCUCCGCCACCGGCAGCAGCGGCCACCUGCCCAACGGCACCACCAGCCACCUGCCCAACGGCACCACCAGCCACCUGCCCAACGGCACCACCGGCCCCCUGCCAAACGGCCCUUCCAGCUUCCUGCCCAUGGGCACCACCAACACCAGCGUUACCACCAGCCUCUUGCCCACUGGCAUCACCAGCCUCCUGCUCACUGGCACCACCAACACCACCAGCAUCUUGCCCACAGGAGCCACCAGCACCUCUGUGGCCUCCUCCCAGCUGCCCCAGCCGUCCCUCCAGCAGGAGGUGAAGGAUAGAGAGGAGGUUGGAGAGGAGGCGACGGAGAGCCAGGGCAUUAAGGAGGUGCAGCCAGCGGUUGGAGAGGAGGCGACGGAGAGCCAGGGCAUUAAGGAGGUGCAGCCGGCGGUUGGAGAGAAGGAGACGGAGAGCGUUAAGGAGCAGGUGGUUGGAGAGGAGGAGGCCGAGAGCGUUAAGGAGCAGGAGCAGGUGGUUGGAGAGGAGGAGGAGGCCGAGAGCGAGCAGGUGGUUGGAGAGGAGGAGGAGGCCGAGAGCGUUAAGGAGCUGGAGCAGGUGGUUGGAGAGGAGGAGGCCGAGAGCAUUAAGGAGCAGGAGCAGGUGGUUGGAGAGGAGGAGGAGGCCGAGAGCCAGGGCAUUAAGGAGGUGCAGCCGGCGGUUGAAGCUGUAAAGGAGCAGUCUUCUCCAGUGGUCAGCUUCUCUGUGGGUGAUGUGGUGUGGACCAAGGUGUCGGGAUACCCCUGGUGGCCGUGCAUGGUCUCUACUGACCCAGAGCUGGAGCAUCACACCAAGCCCAAACCCAGAGCCCAUGGUCCUCCAGCGCUCCUGUACCACGUGCAGUACUUCGGGGACUGUCCUGAGCGGGGCUACAUCCUGGAGAGCAACAUGGUGCCGUUCCGUGGAGAGGAACAGUAUGAGCAACUACAACAGGCCAACAAACAGCCAGCCGUCCGUAUUGUCAAGAAGCAGGGUAACGCCUCGGUUCCCAGGAAGUUCCGCGCCCAGUGGAGCGAGGGCGUGGGCCAGGCCCGGGAGGCCCUCGGCCUGUCUCUAGACCAGCGCAUGGGCCGCUACUCCUACGUCUACAGCCCAGACGGGCUACGCCUCAACCCUCACGUGGUGGAGCAGCUGGCCAGACCCCCCCCGCUGGAGGAGCUGAGGCCAGGGGAGACCCCGGCCGGGGAGCAGGGGGCCGCCUCCCGUCUGGUCCCGCCCCCCCUGGGACAGACGGCCCCGCCGGGCCCCGGCCCGUCAACAGGGCAGCGAGAGGCGGCGGCCAUGGGGGGGAGAGCUGGGAAAGGAGCGCAGGCCGGCCCCAAGAAGAGACGGAGAGGUCCCUCCAGCGCUGAAGACCCCCUCCUGCCCGAGCCUCACAUACAGGAGUCCGGCUCCGCACUGCGUCCGGAGGCGUCCGCAGAGGUUGGUGGGACUCCGCUGAAGAGGAAGAGGAAGAGGGCAAUCCAGAAAAACACAACCAACGCACUUUCAGCAACCAUCAGCAAACCAGACGUAGCAGUGAAGAAAAGGUCCAGGAAACCUCCAGCCCUGACCGCCCUCUCUGCCAAGAAGAAGACGUCCGCCAAGACUCCGGCAACGAAAAGUACAGCCGAGCAGGAGGACCAGAAGCCCAAGAGGAAACGCAACACUGGCAAACAGACGGACAAACCAAAGGUGGGGAAGCUAGAGACGCCCAAGAGGCAGAGGCAGAGGAAGAGGAACACACCAGAGGAAGCUGCUGAACCAGCCAAGAAGAGGAGGAAAGGCUCUGUGUCGGUCGACCAAUCACCUCAGAAGCAGCCAAGCUGCAAGAGGAAACAGGAAGUGGACCCUCAGGCCACGCCGUCCAAGGCCAAGAAGAGGCGUUCCUCUCCCUGUCCCGAGUCAGAGGGCUCUGGCAGUGAGGAGCGUCCCGACUCGCCCAGUGACUGCCUGGACGACCCCAAGAAGACGGAGAGACUCAGCGGAGCCAGGAAGGAGCUGGUCUGCCAGGUGUGUGAGCAGCCCGCUGAGGACCUGCUGGCCUGUGAGGGUCCGUGUUUUGGGAUGUUCCACCUGUCCUGCUUGGGUCUCACCGUGAGGCCAGAGGAUAAGCUCCUGUGUCAGGAGUGUACGACAGACAUCCACCCCUGCUUCGUCUGUAAGCAGACCGAGGGUCCGGCGGCUCUGGGGGCUGCGCUGCGGCGCUGCUACGUGCCCAACUGUGGGAAGCUGUACCACGAGGCCUGCGCCCGCCUCAACCCGCUCAGCGUGUUCGACCAGCGCGGCCUCCGCUGCCCGCUGCACACCUGCCUCAGCUGCCACCUGGGCUGCCGCUCCAACGGCAAGGCCACCAAGGGUAAGAUGAUGCGGUGCCUGCGCUGCCCGGUAGCCUACCAUGUAGGAGAUGUGUGUGUGUCGGCGGGCAGCCAGGUGGUCACCAGCACGGCACUGGUCUGCACCAGCCACUUCAACGCCAAGAAGGGCUACAGCCACCACAGCCACGUCAAUGUCAGCUGGUGCUUCGUCUGCUCCAAAGGGGGUCAGCUGCUGUGCUGUGAGUCGUGUCCGGCCGCGUUCCAUCCGGACUGUCUCAACAUCUCCAUGCCCGAGGGCAGCUGGUUCUGCAACGACUGCCGGGCCGGGAAGAAGCCCAAGUACCAGGACGUGAUCUGGGUCAAACUGGGCACCUACAGGUGGUGGCCGGCAGAGAUCCGACACCCGCGCACCGUGCCCACCAACAUCCAGCACCUGCGCCACCAGAUCGGAGAGUUCCCCGUCUUCUUCUUUGGCUCCAAGGACUUCUUCUGGACCCACCAGGGCCGGGUGUUCCCCUACAUGGAGGGCGACCGCGGCAGCCGGCACCAGAAGACCAACAUAGGCAAGGUCUUCAAGAACGCUCUUCUGGAGGCGGAGGAACGCUUCAAGGAGACCAAGCUGAAGCGAGAGACCAAGGAGGCUCAGGAGAACAACAAGAAACCUCCCCCCUACAAGUUCAUCAAGGUGAACCGGCCCUGCGGGAAGGUGCAGGUGAGCACGGCGGACGUGUCGGAGAUCCCCAAGUGUAACUGCCGUCCGUCGGACGAGCGUCCGUGCGGCUUCGAGUCGGAGUGCCUGAACCGCAUGCUGCUGUACGAGUGCCACCCCCAGGUGUGCCCCAACGGGACCCGCUGCUGCAACCAGGACUUCAGCAAGCGCCUGUACCCCGACACCAAGAUCAUCAAGACCGCCGGCAAGGGCUGGGGCCUCAUCUGCCUCCGCGACAUCAAGAAGGGGGAGUUUGUGAACGAGUACAUCGGGGAGCUGAUCGAUGAGGAGGAGUGCCGAGCCCGGAUCCGGUUCGCCCAGGAGAACAACAUCUCCCACUUCUACAUGCUCACCAUCGACAAGGACCGGAUCAUCGAUGCCGGGCCCAAGGGCAACUACUCUCGGUUCAUGAACCACAGCUGCCAGCCCAACUGUGAAACGCAGAAGUGGACGGUGAACGGAGACACCCGGGUCGGGCUGUUCGCUGUCUGCCCCAUCCCAGCAGGUACGGAGCUCACCUUCAACUACAACCUGGACUGUCUGGGCAACGAGAAGACGGUGUGUCGGUGCGGGGCGCCCAACUGCAGCGGGUUCCUGGGAGACCGACCCAAGACGUCCAGCGCCGCUCCCUCUGAGAUGAAGGUGAAGAGGGUGAAGAGGAGGAAGAGGAGGAGUGAGGGCAAGCGGUCGGAGGACGAGUGCUUCCGCUGCAGAGACGGGGGACAGCUGGUGAUCUGUGGCAAGAAGAGCUGCACCAAGGCCUACCACCUGGCCUGCCUGGGGCUGGCCAAGAGGCCCUUCGGGCGCUGGGACUGCCCGUGGCACCACUGUGACGUGUGUGGGAGGGCGUCGAAGGCCUUCUGCCAGCUGUGUCCCAACUCCUUCUGCAGCGCCCACCAGGAGGGGGCGCUGCAGGAACGCCCCCCCUCCUCCCCCUCCUCCCCCUCCUCCUCACAGCUGUGCUGCCUGGAGCACGACCUCCAGGACUAAACCACCGGGACUAGACCACCGGGACGAGACCUCCAAGACAAGACCUCCAGGACCCCCCUCUGGACUAGACCACCUGGGAACCCCCUGGACUAGACCACCUGGACUAGACCACCUGGACGAGACCUCCAAGACAAGACCUCCAGGACCCCCCCCUGGACUAGACCACCAGGACCCCCCCCCUGGACUAGACCACCAGGACUAGACCACCGGGACGAGACCUCCAGGACCCCCCUCUGGACUAGACCACCUGGGAACCCCCUGGACUAGACCACCUGGACUCGACCACCUGGACUCGACCACCUGGACUAGACCACCAGGACCCCCCCCCUGGACUAGACCACCUUGACUAGACCACCAGGACCCCCCCCCCGGACUAGACCACCUUGACUAGACCACCAGGACCCUCCCCUGGACUAGACCACCUGGGCUCCCCCCUGGACUAGACC